CUGUUUAUUUUCAGUUUGAGUUUGCUUGAUAAACCCAGUGUUGUGUUUUAUACAGUUUCCUUUGAUUACAUCUAUUGUAAUAUCAACCGGUAAACCAAUCUUAAAUAUUUCGGUGAAUUAUCAUCAUGAUUAGUGUAAUUUAAUGAUUAAAACUCGUAAUUAAAUGAUUUGAAUUAAUAAGUUGAUGUAAUCUAUCCAUUUAAUCUACUGUAAUCUUCAGCCAUCAACACUGACAACAAGCCUUCUUAAUAUUAAAUCCAAACACUGUGUUAACAUCUCUUGCUGGUUAUCUUUUUGUCUUUAUUUACCAUUAUGAUCAGUUAAUAAUUAAUUUGUGCAUUAAUUUUAGCUUAAUUGUUACCCUUUAUUUAUAAAUUGACCAAUAUCAUCAAUAUUCAUAACUAAUUUUCACCAACAACAAACCAUCAAUCCAACCAAAAUGAGGAUCUCAUUGGCUAUGUAUAAAGAUAUUGUAAAAUCUCUUGAUUACUAUUCAAAAUUUAACCCCUCACCACUUUCAAUUAAACAGCUGCUCGACUUUGGCCGUCGAAAAUGUGAGAAGCGAUCAUUUGUGUUUCUCCGAAAGGAGUUACCUGUUCGUCUGGCCAACAUUAUGCAAGAGAUUAACUUAUUGCCGGACAAUUUGCUGCGAAUGCCAUCGGUUACUUUGGUUCGCAGUUGGUAUGAACGAAGUUUCUCUGAAAUCCUUGACUUUGAAUCAGCCACAGAAUCAGACGCCAAAAUACUAGAGACUUUCUGUGAAACCUUGAUACGAAUUCGUAACCGUCACAAUACUGUUGUCCAAACAAUGGCUCAAGGAGUUUUGGAAAUGAAGGAAACCCAUUCAGUUGACCAGAAAACGGAAUCUUGUGUGCAAUAUUUUCUCCAUCGAUUCUACAUGUGUCGAAUAUCGAUUCGUAUGUUGAUCAAUCAGCAUACAACCCUGUUUGGUGCCGAUAAACCAGGUCAUCCACGACAUAUUGGCUGUGUCGAUCCAAACUGUGAUGUUCACUCGGUCGUUCUCGAUGCUUAUGAGAAUGCCAAGUUUCUUUGUGAUCAAUAUUAUUUAACAUCACCUGGUCUAAUUGUUGAACAAGUCAACUCUGAAGGACCGGACUCACCAAUAUCCAUUGUAUAUGUACCUUCACAUUUGUACACCAUUUUAUUUGAACUAUUUAAAAACGCGAUGAGAGCUGUUGUUGAACAUUACACACCCGAUGCUGAUGUACUUCCUCCAAUCCAUGUAACACUCUGUAAAGGAAAAGAAGAUCUAUCGAUUAAGAUGAGUGACCGUGGUGGUGGAAUACCCAGAUCUUUGAGUGACUGUCUUUUUAAUUACAUGUAUUCAACUGCACCUCGUCCAUCAGUCUCUGGUUUUGGCUCUGCUCCAUUAGCUGGGUUUGGUUAUGGAUUACCUUUAUCGCGGCUUUAUGCUCGUUAUUUACAUGGAGACCUUUUGGUUAAUUCAUUUGAAGGCUACGGAACGGAUGCAAUAACCUACCUCAAAGUCCUUUCCAGCGAAGCAAACGAAUUACUUCCCAUAUUCAAUAAAACCUCAACGAAACAUUAUCUAUCGGCAAUUGGUAAUCAUGACUGGAGCUCUGGGUUUUCAUCCAACUCUCACAACAAUAAUCAUCACAAUCACUCAAAUGAUCUAUCGAAAAACUCAAUCGGUGUGAGGAACCGUUGAGAUUAGUAUGGAUUAAUAGUUUUAAGAAAAGCUUAAUUAGCUUUACAAUAAGUUUAAAUAUGUAUCUUUCCUUUUUUUUCCUGUUAUUACCAUUCUUUACAUUAAUUAAUGUAUCUGGUUAUUGCUAUAAUUGUUGUAAAUGCUUAUCCUCACAAGAAAAAGGGUGCAUCUGCAACACCAUGUUGAUUGUUACUGAUUGAAACAAAGAGUAAAACGAAAAAAUAAAUUAAAAAUGUCUCUUAA